AUGAUCCCGGGAUCUCCCACUUUCCUCAUCAGACUUCAUCGAGCAACACAUGCGAACAGACCGUCCCUCCUCUGCUCUCCUUUCAAACAGCGACACAAGAGCCUUCUACUAACCCUUACCACUACGCUUCAAACCGGACCUUCACAGAAGCCACGAAGUUAAUUUCCAAACGGAUUUCCACCGGAAAGUUCGACAAGUGCAAUUACCAAGUUAAGGAUUUCUGCGCUAUACCGACAAUAGCAGCCGACUUUAACACGUUUUUUCACCGCUGUAGAUCCGUCAGUCUCAGCUGUGCUAUAAUGUCCGAGGUACUCCCGUACAGCGAGGGGAAAAUGAACGGCUAUGGAGACAGCGAGGCCAGCCAGAUGUCCUUUAGCUGCGGACUACAAGACACCAAUUCGUUCUUCGGAGCGUCGCAAGCGAAAAGACCCCCAAAGUUGGGACAGAUUGGCAGAGCCAAGAGAGUUGUCAUCGAAGACGACCGAAUAGACGAUGUCCUAAAGGGGAUGGCAGAAAAGUCGUCACCUGCCGUUUAAAGAUAAGCGAUGCCUUGCAGACUUUUUAUUUUGAUCACCGAUUUGAAACACUUGUCGGCUGUGCAUGUUCGAGGAUUGUAGGAGAAACGAUGGCACGAAGCGAAGACAAGGGGAAGGAAAGGAAUGGAAAGAAAGAUGUGAAGAUUGGAUGAGAAAGCAGAGGAAGAGUUUGAGGAAGACUCCGGAAAAGACCGAGAUUUAUCGUGGGGAUGCUGGCAAUUCUCUAAACGAAACCCGACUUUAACUUCUGCUGAGCAGCGUGAUGUUGAGAUGGCGGACCCAGCUCCAUGUCUCAACCUCUGGCUGCAGACUACUGAUGGAUGAACUUGCCAUUACUUUAUGACCAUCCUCUUCCAAAAGCGCCAUAAGCAACAAAAAACUACAACUGGUGGCUGAAUCUCAUUUCAAGCUUUAUUUCUAUAGUAUACAGGUCUACAGUAGCCUACCUAAGCUCGAACACCAUAGGCUAUUCCCUACACGCUUUGCGUUGUUGAUAACAAUCGGCGACGUCGCAUUCAAGGGAGCUGUCCUUUUCAGCACUGGUCGAACAUAGAGAAUGCAUUCCGAUUGCUGCUAAAGCUUUUUAAUACAGACCAACCAAACACUGAAGUCCAGUAACUAGAAGAGACCCAUUGUAUGUAAAAUAAAAUACAAAUAUAUAUA